CGCUGAUGUCUGUGCCGUGAUGUGUGUGUGGCGUCUGAGCAACAACCCGGAGUGGGUGUAAGUCAGUGUGAUCCGAGGUGACAAUCGAGAUAACUGUUGGUCCGACAAUGCACCGACUACCAAACAUGCAUUUGAAUUAAAUGGAAGCUACUGGGAAAUUCGAAGGGAUUCUUCUGUGAAAGCUAUUGUGCGAUGGAAGUUAUAUGAAAACGGCUUUUAAACAUUGCAGUAGAUUUUUAGGUGCUCGUUAACAUUUUAUAAGUGAAAUGGAUUGGUUAUAUUUUUGGGAAGGUGAAUAGCUCUUUGUGCCAACUUUGCAUUUUUUCUUUGAAGAGUGGAUCAAAUAAAAUAAAAACUUAAAUGUGGCGUUACGCUGGUUCCUAAGAAUGGCAUUAAUGAAGGCGAACUUCAGCUGUCUGGAUAGUGUCUCCCGUGGAAACAACUGCCUCCCUGCCAGGAGCACGUCUCCCGGGGUAGCGGCCACCCUCGCCGGCGUGCUGAUCUUCACCACCGUGGCUGAUAUCGUUGGAAAUCUACUGGUUAUCCUAUCCGUGUACAGGAACAAGAAACUCAGGAAUGCAGGUAACCUCUUUGUGGUCAGUCUUUCUGUCGCUGACUUGGUGGUGGCACUGUACCCCUACCCAUUGGCUUUGUUCGCUAUCUUCCAUAAUGGCUGGACAAUGGGUUCCCUGCACUGCCAGCUGAGUGGGUUUGUUAUGGGACUGAGUGUGAUCGGCUCGGUUUUCAACAUCACUGCAAUCGCCAUCAACCGUUACUGCUACAUCUGCCACAGUUUCCGCUACGACCGGCUGUAUUCUCGUCGAAACACCUGUCUGUACCUGCUGCUCACUUGGAUGCUAACCGCUCUGGCCACUGUGCCCAACUUCCUUGUUGGUUCCCUAAAAUACGACCCACGCAUUUUCUCCUGCACAUUCACCCAGACAGCAAGCUCUUCUUACACUGUCUGUGUUGUUCUGAUUCACUUCCUUGUUCCUCUGGGUGUGGUUUCUUUCUGCUACUUGCGCAUAUGGACAUUGGUGAUUAGGGUCAAAAGUCGUGUCCGCCCCAAUCCAAAAGUCAGAGCGGCCGACCUGAGGAAUUUCUUGACGAUGUUUGUGGUGUUUGUGCUGUUCGCCGUGUGCUGGGCACCCCUGAACUUCAUUGGGCUCGCCGUGGCGGUUAACCCAGCAAGAGUGGCACCGAAUGUCCCAGAGUGGCUGUUUGUUACCAGCUACUUCAUGGCAUAUUUCAACAGCUGUCUGAAUGCUGUUGUCUAUGGGUUGCUUAACCAGAACUUCAGGCAAGAGUACAAACAGAUUCUCCGUGCUCUCUGCACCCCAAGAGCACUGUUCACUGAAAGUUCUAGGUACAACACUGAAGCCAUAAAGAGCAAACAUUCACCGGCAGGAACCAAUAACAAUGUGAAAGACACCAAUAUGUACAAGGGUGGAGUAACACACACUCUUUUAUAGUAGAUCACUCACCAUUUACAGUAAACGAACAACCACAAUGUUAGAGUACAAUGGAGUUAAAGGCACACCAGGGUAACAUGUGCAUUUUGUUUUAUUUUUCAAGAUCACCACGGCACUUUUCUAAACAUCCAUGGUUCACUAUGCUCCAGGAAAUUUGACUGAUCCUUGACUCAGCAGAUAAAGUAAAUUUUGCACUACACUGACCUAACAUAUAUAUGUGUGUGUGUGUGUGUGUGUGUGUGUGUGUGUGCGCAUGCGUGUGUGUGACCCUGGACCACAAAACCAAUCUUAAGUUGCUGGUAUUUAUUUUUUGCAAUAGCCAGAAAAACAUUGUAUGGGUAAAAAUUUUCGAUUUUUAUUUUAUGCCAAAAAUUAUUAGGAUAAUUAUUAGUAAAGAUCAUGUUCCAUGAAGAUAUUUUGUAAAUUUCCUACCAUAAAUAUUUCAAAACCUUAUUUUUUGAUGAGUAAUAUGCAUUGCUAAGAACUUCAUUUGGACAACUUCAAAGGUGAUUUUCUCAGUAUUUAGAUUUUUUGCACCCUCAGAUUCAAGAUCUUCAACAAUUGUGGCAUCUUGGCCAAAUAUUGUAUGAUCAUAAUGAAGCAUACAUCAAUGUGAAGUUUAUUAAUUCAGCUUUCAGAUUAUGUAUAAAUCUCAUUUUCAAAAUGGUCCAGGGUCACAUAUAUUACAUUUUAUACAGUUAUGUAGCAAAUGAGAAUCAAUAAAAUUACCAAAUAUAUUCUGAGACAAAGAAUGUUGUUAAUGAUUUUCAGUUUUGUUCAAAGUAAUUAAAACAGUAGUUUUUUUGUGAACAAAAAUGUGAAUAUGUGAAAGUAUGGUAUUUAGGGAUAAAGUGCCCCUACUGUUGAAGCUAAAGGCACACUAAUUGGAAUGAAAAUAAAUAGCAGGCUCACUUUUCAUUUGUUGGCAUGAUAUGGUUAGAUUCAAAUGGUCAGUAUCAUGUAUUUCUUGUUGAAUGAACAUUGCUUAACAAAUUAUGUGGUUGUCAGCCUUUUUAUGCAUUUUAGCAGAUUUGCAACUAAAAUAAAGAAAAUAAAAAUGAAAAAAGACUACUGCAGAUAGUUGAGUAUGUAUAUGUUCUUUCUUAUAAAGAUGUGUUGAUACCAUGGCUACCAACACCGAAAAAGACAUUUUGAUGCUCUGUGUGUCCAUUGUAAAUUCUUUGUAUAUGGAUCAAUGUUUUGUAUAUCAGGCAGUGUGUUUCUAAGCAACAGAAUUAUUAUUAUUUUUUUUUUAGUAGUAGUAGUAAUUUUGUAAUAAAGGAAAAUAAGACUGGUGCUUAUUAAGGUAAAAUACAACUGAUACAUUCAUAAUUAUUGUAAAUCAAGUUGUAUGUUCUCAUUUUUGCAAAAAAAAAAAAAAAGAUUUUAGUGAAAUGUUUUUUUAAAAAAAUAUCUACUUCAUGUUGUGUAUUUCCUUACAAUCAGGUUCGGCAUUUCCAGUCUGAGUGGUCUGCAUGUAACGGUGCUAAAAACUAAACUAUAUCUUUGUUUUGUAGUCCUGUCUUUUGUUCUCUUGCUAUAUCUUGCCACCUAAUUGACAGUACUUUUCUUUAGCCCGAUUACUUACCUUCAUUUAUUUCCCUGUGAACAGUACACACUCUUGCUCCUGCACUUUAGAAAGAUGUAUCACUUCUCCAGACACUAAAAGAGCUGGCUAAAAGGGGCAUGAUGAUGACCUGAUGCAAGCUUCUCUGGAGCAGUAAUUUUCACAGAAUGACUAGAAU